AUGGCACCCGACGCGCCUCCUCCUCCGCCGGUCAGCCAUGCCUAUCACCCUGCUUCGAGCGUUACUAACGUCAAAGCUUUGAUUCCUUUGGUGUUGGACGUUGAGAAAGGCCAAUAUUCUCCCUGGGCCACGUUAUUCCGCAACACUGCCAAGGCGUAUAAUGUCUUGGACUACAUCGACUCGUCGGUCACCAAACCCGCUUAUGUUGAUGACGCCCUAUGGGGUCGGUUGGACGCCAUUGUGUGCCAAUGGUUGUACGGUACGAUCACCACCGACCUCCUGCUUAAAAUUCUGGAUGACAAAUCCACGGCGAUGACGGCAUGGGAACGUCUUCGUAAUAUCUUUCAAGAUAAUAAAGGCACUCGGGUGGUGCAUCUUGAAAACAAGUUUGGUAAUAUUCAUCUCUCACAAUUCUCUUCUCUUGGUGAUUAUUGUCAAGCCUUAAAGACUAUUUCAUCUCAAUUGGCCGCCAUUGACCAUCCCAUAUCUGAGGAGCGUCUUGUUCUUCAAUUAGUCGGCAAAUUAACUUCUGAUUAUCGUAUGGUGUCUACUCUUAUUCAACAAUCUAGUCCUCUCCCGAGGUUUGAUAAAGCAUGUUCUAUGCUUGAACUUGAUCGUGUUAGUCGCAAAAAAUCCGAGUUCGUUUCUUCCUCUUCGGAUACUGUGCUUUUGACCGGCAACAACCUCUCCUCGCCGUCUGCUCCGUCGGCCAGUGGUGGUUCUCCUGGCCACCGGACUGGGUAUGGGCGUCCUACUGCUAAGCCGAAAGGAAAAUAUAAGGGGCGACAUUCUGGGGGUCAUAAUAUUACAUAA